AUGAGGAGGACAGCUAUCCAAUGCCUGCGCUGUCGCAGCACCAAGCUCAAUGUCCAAUCCGUCUUCAAGAGGGGAUAUGCGGUGGAGGCUACAAGUAACACCACCACUACACCUGCUUCGAAGCGGCCUACAUCGGCCCCCAAGCCCAUCAUUGACAUCCGCCACAUCCGGCAGAAUCCAGAGCUGUACGAGACCACAUGCCUGGAGCGCAACUACAAGCGCCAGGCUGGCAACGCCUCGCGCAUUGUAGAGCUCCAUGAGCAGUGGCAGAAUCUCACGCGCAGCAGCCGUACCAACCGUGAGAGGUCCAAUCUGUUGCGCAAGCAGAUGGCCAAUCCAGCUACUAGCAAUAACGAUGAAGAUCUCCAGGCUGUCAAGAAGAUGACCCGUGAGGAGAUCCAGGAGGAGGCGCGGAAACUCAAGAACGAGCUUGCUGGCAUCUCCGAGCAGGAGGAGCAGAUUCUGGCCACAAUCGAGGAGCUCGCCCUCGAGAUUCCCAAUCUGACGACCGGCCCUGCUGAGCUACAUCAAUUAUCCCCCCCCGAGGAUGGCGACACGGACGCUGCCACACCAAUCAGGGAUGGCCCGUCGCACGUCCAGAUCGGCACUGACCUGGGCAUACUAGACUUUGCUUCCGCAGCUACUGCUUCUGGCUGGGGAUGGUAUUACCUUGUAGGUGAGGCAGCACAGUUGGAACAGGCGCUGGUCCAGUACGCCCUCGCCGUGGUGACUCGCCACGGCUGGCUCCAGGUGUCGCCCCCCAGCAUUGUCUACAGCCACAUCGGGGCCGCAUGUGGCUUCCAGCCAAGAGACCAAAACGGCGAGCAGCAGGUGUACACCAUCGCCCAGGCCCAAAGCGACGCGGAGAGGGACGUCCCCGAACUCUGUCUAACAGGCACUUCUGAGAUUUCGCUCGCUGGUAUGAAGGCCGCGUCCACUAUUCAAACCGAUGAGCUCCCCAUGAAACGAGUCGCCGUGUCUCGCUGCUACCGUGCCGAGGCCGGUGCUCGUGGUGCCGACACCAAGGGUCUCUACCGUGUUCAUGAGUUUACAAAGGUCGAGAUGUUUGCCUGGACGGCCCCUGACGAGGAUCUGGCCACCGAUGUGUUCGAGGAGAUGCUCGAUAUGCAGACCGAGAUCAUCCAGUCCCUCGGCUUGCCCGCUCGAAUUCUGUCCAUGCCCGCAACUGACCUCGGCGCCUCUGCUACCCGCAAGGUCGAUAUGGAGGCGUGGUUCCCCAGCCGUAUGUCGAAGUUGGGUGGCUGGGGCGAGGUCACAUCCGCAAGUCUCUGCACGGACUACCAGUCUCGACGACUCGCCACGCGAACUCGUAUUGAGGGCGGAAAGAUGGGCUUCCCCUACACUGCCAAUGGCACUGCCCUUGCCGUCCCUAGAGUGAUUGCUGCCAUCUUGGAGAAUGGGUGGGAUGAGGAGACUAUGACCGUCACGAUCCCCGAGUGUCUGCGCCCCUGGAUGGAUGGCAAGGAGGCCAUCAAGGGCCACAUUGUUCGAAGAAAUAAGAAGGUCGAUGGAGUAUAA